UAGAGUUUUGGUAUUUGGGUUUAGACCUGAGACACACCUAUGUACUCACGUGAGGGCGAGGAACAAGUGCAUUAGUGCAAUAGCAAUAGCAUGUUGUCAAUGAACAAAACAUCUCCAAGGUUUUGGUACAUCAAUUUCCUCCCACAUAGUAUUCUCCAACGUCUCUACUUCCCAUUCAAACGCGCCACUCUACAAACUGCUUCUCUAGCCACAGUAAAAGAUUCACAAACCACGUUCACAAAACCCCCCAUAUCCUAUUCCAAGCUCUUAUCACAAUGUGUUGCUUCAAAGUCCCUAACUUCAGGUAUGGAACUCCAUGCACACUUGAUCAAGUUUGGGUUUUCCCGCGACCCAAGUCUCAGGAACCACUUGGUAACUCUGUAUUCCAAGUGUCGUCGUUUUGGGUAUGCCCGCAAGCUGGUUGAUGAAAGUUCUGAACUAGAUGUGGUUUCUUGGUCUUCUUUGCUAUCUGGGUAUGUGCAAAAUGGGUUUGUAGAGGAGGCACUGUUGGUUUUUAAUGAGAUGUGCUUGCUGGGUGUUAAGUGCAAUGAGUUUACCUUCCCCAGUGUGCUUAAGGCAUGUUCAAUGAAGAGGGAUUUGAACAUGGGGAGGAAGGUUCAUGGGAUGGCUGUUGUCACAGGGUUCGAGUCUGAUGGGUUUGUUGCUAACACAUUGGUUGUUAUGUAUGCCAAGUGCGGCCUGCUGGAUGAUUCUAGGAGGUUGUUUGGUGGAAUUGUGGAGCGAAAUGUUGUUUCAUGGAAUGCCUUGUUCUCUUGUUACGUGCAAAGUGAGUUGUGUGGUGAGGCUGUGGGUUUGUUUAAGGAAAUGGUGAGGAGUGGAAUAAUGCCUAAUGAAUUCAGCAUUUCCAUCAUAUUGAAUGCCUGUGCAGGCUUGCAGGAAGGCGACCUGGGAAGGAAGAUUCAUGGGCUUAUGCUAAAGAUGGGACUUGAUUUGGAUCAGUUUUCUGCGAAUGCGUUGGUUGACAUGUAUUCUAAAGCAGGGGAGAUUGAAGGUGCGGUUGCUGUUUUUCAGGACAUUGCACACCCUGAUGUUGUUUCUUGGAAUGCAAUUAUUGCUGGUUGUGUUCUUCACGAUUGUAAUGAUUUGGCUUUGAUGUUGUUGGAUGAGAUGAAAGGCUCUGGAACUCGUCCGAAUAUGUUUACGCUGUCAAGUGCUUUAAAGGCCUGUGCUGCUAUGGGGUUCAAGGAGUUGGGUAGACAGUUGCAUUCUAGUUUGAUAAAGAUGGAUGCUCACUCAGAUUUGUUUGCUGCUGUUGGACUUGUAGAUAUGUAUUCUAAGUGUGAAAUGAUGGAUGAUGCGAGAAGAGCUUACGAUUCGAUGCCAAAGAAGGACAUUAUUGCAUGGAAUGCUUUGAUCUCCGGUUACUCACAGUGUGGUGAUCACUUAGAUGCAGUCUCACUUUUUUCUAAAAUGUUCAGUGAAGAUAUAGAUUUCAACCAAACUACUUUGUCAACGGUUCUCAAAUCUGUGGCCAGCUUGCAGGCAAUUAAGGUGUGUAAGCAGAUUCAUACAAUUUCCAUCAAAUCUGGAAUUUAUUCAGAUUUCUAUGUAAUAAACAGUCUUCUUGACACAUAUGGAAAAUGUAACCAUAUAGAUGAAGCUUCGAAAAUAUUUGAAGAGCGCACUUGGGAAGAUUUGGUGGCUUACACAUCCAUGAUAACAGCAUAUUCUCAAUAUGGGGAUGGGGAGGAGGCUUUAAAGCUAUAUUUACAAAUGCAAGAUGCAGAUAUCAAGCCCGAUCCAUUUAUCUGCAGUUCCCUUUUAAAUGCUUGUGCAAAUUUGUCAGCCUAUGAGCAAGGGAAACAAUUACAUGUCCAUGCCAUCAAGUUUGGAUUUAUGUGUGAUAUUUUUGCCAGCAAUUCUCUGGUUAAUAUGUAUGCGAAAUGUGGAAGCAUAGAGGAUGCUGAUCGUGCCUUUUCUGAGAUACCUAACAGAGGAAUAGUCUCCUGGUCUGCAAUGAUUGGAGGAUAUGCUCAGCAUGGCCAUGGUAAAGAGGCUCUUCGGUUGUUCAAUCAAAUGCUUAGAGAUGGUGUGCCACCCAACCAUAUUACUUUAGUUAGUGUUCUUUGUGCAUGCAAUCAUGCUGGUUUGGUAAAUGAGGGAAAACAAUAUUUUGAGAAAAUGGAGGUAAUGUUUGGGAUUAAACCCACACAGGAGCAUUAUGCUUGCAUGAUUGAUCUCCUUGGACGAUCAGGGAAAUUAAAUGAAGCAGUGGAGCUAGUAAACUCAAUUCCAUUUGAGGCUGAUGGCUUUGUUUGGGGGGCACUUCUUGGAGCUGCGAGAAUCCAUAAAAAUAUAGAGCUCGGUCAGAAAGCUGCCAAGAUGCUUUUUGAUCUUGAGCCAGAGAAAUCUGGUACCCAUGUUCUCCUUGCAAACAUCUAUGCCUCCGCAGGGAUGUGGGAAAAUGUUGCUAAGGUUAGAAAGUUCAUGAAAGACAGCAAGGUGAAGAAGGAGCCUGGAAUGAGUUGGAUUGAGAUCAAAGACAAGGUAUACACUUUCAUUGUUGGAGACAGAAGUCAUUCUAGAAGUGAUGAAAUAUAUGCUAAACUGGAUCAGUUGGGUGACCUUCUAAGUAAAGCUGGAUAUAGUUCCAUUGUAGAGAUCGAUAUACAUAAUGUGGACAAAAGUGAAAAGGAGAAGCUCUUAUAUCACCAUAGUGAGAAACUUGCUGUAGCCUUUGGAUUAAUUGCUACGCCACCCGGGGGCCCUAUAAGGGUGAAGAAGAAUCUACGAAUUUGUGUUGACUGCCACACCUUUUUCAAAUUCGUAUGUAAAAUUGUUUCAAGGGAAAUUAUUGUCAGAGAUAUUAAUAGAUUCCAUCAUUUUAAAGAUGGAUCAUGUUCCUGUGGUGAUUAUUGGUAAUAACAUCAAGAUAGUACAUUCUUUCAGAUUGACAAGAUAUGUAGAUUCUUUACCUUUACUACUGCAACUGUUUCAUGACUGAAGUGGGUAUGUCGAUUGAAACACGCAGUGAUGGUAUAAUUACUUAGAAAAAUAGUAGUCAAAAUAUCAUUUCCCUAUAUUUCUACUGAAUUCAUGUGUGAGAAAUUUAAGGAAAAGGGAAGAAUGAAGAAGAGAUUGGUUAAUAUGUGUGAACUCAGAUGUUACCCUAAAAUUUGUGAUCAUCAGUUCAUGCCAGGGGAAUGAAAAGAUGUAUGAUGUGUUUGUCCUGCCGAAUCUUUGUUGGAAGAAAAUAUAACAAAUGAUCAACAAUGCCUUAAACUGGAUGUGUUUGAGCAGCUAUUUUCCCUAAUAAAUGAAAUGUAUUAUGAGCAGAUCAUGAAUCUGUUAAAUCUGAAUCAAAGAAACCUGCAGGGUGGGGGCAUAUGUCAAAUCAUUAUGCAGGGGUUGUUAAAGAUGUGAAUAGGUGCAAGUGCAAUCAGUACAAUUCUGAGAGUUCCUCCUCACAUAAUAUUUUUACUUGCAUUGUUGAUCUCUAGAAGGUGAUGCACUCUUCUAAUUGUCUAGACAUUGUGGAGUAAUAUACAACAACAAAAACAUUAUCCCACUAGUUGACAUCAGCUACUUGGAUCAUACCAGGGAUGGAUCUAAGGGGGGCUAGCAGGGGCCUUGCACCCCCUUCUCCCUUAGGAUUCUUUAUGUAUAUAUAUGAGAAAAAAAAGAAAAUUAAAAAAAUACUAAUUAAAGAAAAUAUAUAAAAAAAUUGGUUUUUGAGAUGAUAUUUGCUUAAUUUUCUUCUAGUGGUGGAUUAUAUAUAUAUAUUUUUUGCUUAUGUGGAAAAGGCUAAAAGGGCUACUGUAAACCAUCCUUAUAAAGGAGGAUGGUCAGAGCAGGAUAAGGCUGGUCCAAAAUACAAAAACUGUUGAUGUUGAUGAAAGCCGCGGCUGGCCUUACAAAAUUAGCAUUCCUAUCUAUACAAUUGAUAGAAAUAACCUAAUCUCUUUGAAGAAAUCCAAGAGCUGAUAGGAGGAGAGCAACAUGAGGGUGAUUGUCAGGGCAAUUCUAACACCAAAUACGUCUGAUACCUUUGUCUGAAGCAAGAGAGAUAGACCGUGAUAAGAGUUGAGAUUUCAAUUUUAGUGCAAUCACCAGAUUUCAAUUUUAGUGUAAUCACCAGAGCAGGAUAAGGCUGGUCCAAAAUACAAAAACUGUUGAUGUUGAUGAAAGCCGCGGCUGGCCUUACAAAAUUAGCAUUCCUAUCUAUACAAUUGAUAGAAAUAACCUAAUCUCUUUGAAGAAAUCCAAGAGCUGAUAGGAGGAGAGCAACAUGAGGGUGAUUGUCAGGGCAAUUCUAACACCAAAUACGUCUGAUACCUUUGUCCGAAGCAAGAGAGAUAGACCGUGAUAAGAGUUUGAGAUUUCAAUUUUAGUGUAAUCACCAGAGUUCUCAAAAGAGAAAAACCCUGCAAUCCAUCCACUGUUAUGAUCUCUUAUAACUCCUCCAGACCCUAUUAUAGCUUGAUCAGGUAAGCAGUUACCAUCCACAUUUAAUUUAUGUCAAUCCACAGGAGGGGGUUGCCAUCUAGCCAUGAAGAGAGGAGAUUGACUGGCCAAAGCACAAUCAGAGUUGGUAGAGACAAGAUCAUCAUGAUAGAAGCAUAUACUCUGCACUACUCUCUGAAUAUCCCACUUCUCAUCGUCAAAAAUACAAUUAUUACCCCACUUUCAAACUCACCAAACAAUAGUUGUAAAAAGGAAUACUUUACUACCGUUGAGUUGGGAUUUUAAACCACUUUACAUUAGGGGUAGGGAACUAAGAUGAGGAGCAAAGCCAAAUCCGAGCCAAAUUUCUUUGGCAUGAGGGAAGUCUCUCAGACAAUGAAGAGAAUCCUCUCUAGGAUUGGAGCAAUGAGGGAAGGCAGAUGAAUUCACUAAAUUCCUAUGGAAUCUAGUGGAAUUUUUUGAGAGAGAAUUGUGAAGAAUCAGCCAAAACAUGAUCCUAAUUUUCUUUGGGAUUUUGAGCAUCCAAAGCCACUUAAAGGCGGCAAAGUGGCAAGUAGAAUCAUGAUUGAAUUCAAAAGGGUUUAGGAGAAUUGUGAAGAAUCAGCCAAGACAUGAUCCUAAUUUUCUUUGGGAUUUUGAGCUUCCAAAGCCACUUAAAGGCGACAAAGUGGCAAGUAGAAUCAUGAUUGAAUUUAAAAGAAAGCCAUUUACAUGUAGAAGUUGAUGUGUAGCCUCCAUAAGUAGACUGAUUCCACACGUAUUUGUCAAUCUGAUUCAUGGCCCAGGAAGGAUCAAUAUCAAAUAGAAGGUCCAUGAAAUUGUUGGGCAGAAAAGAAUUGACCUAUUGAAUGUUCCAUUGGCCAUCAUGGAUUGUCUUUCAAAGUGAGAUCAAAUAUCACUACAAUGCACAAAAGGGACCUUACGAUAAAGUAAGCCCGAGGAGGACCAGUUGUGAUAUCAAAGAGAGCAAUCUUUAGAUGAGAAGUGUUCAUGAGAGAGAUGACAGGAGUUGCCAUGGUGCUCAUGAAGUCCUUUUGGGGGUAGGUUUUAGUUGUAAGUUUCAAAAAUUUAUAAGCAAUCAAUUUUUAGUUUUAGUUUUAAAAAAAUGUAAUACCAUUUUUAAAAUUUAGGUUUAGUUUUUCUUUAAUCUUUAGUUUCAAGAUAUAAAAGUUUUCAAUCCUAUUAACAUUAAUAUAAGAGUAUUUUGUGGUAAUGUUGAUGAUAACAACAACAACAACAACAUCUGAGCCAAUGGUGACAAUGCCAAUGUUGAUGGUGGUGUUGGGAGUGGUAGUUAGUGAUGUUGGUGUAAGUGGUGAUGGUGAUUAUUGUAGUAGUAGUGUUAGUGGUGAUGUCGGUAAUGACAAUGGUGGUGGUGGCAGUGCGAUGGUGACAGUGGUAACAAUGCUAGUGAUGGUAAUUCUUAGCAUGGAUCAUUAUGUAACUAGAGUUAGCUUAGUUGGUUAGUCUCUAUGUAACUAAAGUUACCUUAGAUAGUUAUAAUUAGUUACUCUUACAACUAUUUAUAUAAUCAGUUGUAAUAAUCAACUUUGUGAGCUAAUUCAUUUAUGCUAUUCGGUUCCUUCAAUAUAUGUUUUCUCUUUAACUUUCUCUGCAAGUUUUGCACUUAUCCAUGGUAGGCAUGGGGUUUAUGGUGGUAUCAUUGAAGAGCUCUGUUUCGCAACUCUUUGCUUUUGUUUCUUCUUCUAUUAUUUUCUUUCAAUUUUUUCAUCAUGAAUACUAAUUCAUCUUCGCAAGAUUAAUCUUUGAAUAUACACAACUCAUACUAUCUUCAUCUAGGAGAAAAUUCAGCAAUUGCACUAGUUUCUCCAGUUCUUGAUUCAACAAAUUACAAUUCGUGGAGUUGAUCAAUGCUUACUGCAUUAACUGCGAAAAAUAAAGUUGAAUUUGUCGACGGACUCAUUCAAGGAUAUGCAUCAAACCAUACACUUCAUACCACUUAGAAGGGGUGCAAUAAUAUGAUGGUUUCUUGACUUGUUCACUCAAUCUCACCAUCAAUCAGAUAGAGCAUUCUUUGGAUGGAUGAUGCACAAGACAUAUGAAAGGGUUUGAAGUCGAGGUAUUCACAAGGGGAUCUACUAAGAAUUUCAUAAUUGAAGUAGGACAUGACAUUUAUCAGACAAGGUGAUCAAGCUAUAACUUAUUACUUUAACAAAGUACGGGAUGAAAGCUACACGAGGAUUGUCAUCAUGUACACUAGCGAAGUGUUGAGAUUCAACCCUUAAGAUAACCCCACUAUUUUGCAUUGUACUUUUCUCGUCUUGUGCUUUUGUG